AAGACGAGAAAUCAGGCUUGCGUAAGUUUAUCGAAGGGUUCAAAUCGAGAAAGCGAGUAACGUUUGUCGCACCGAAGGCUGCCUCACAUGACAGCCAAACUAGUCUGGAAAACUCGACUCAAAAUGGAGCACAGGUUUCAUAUCUUAACAGCGAUAUUAAAAGAAAAGAACUGUUGCCAAAAGAAAGCCCAGUUACUCCAGGAAGUGGCCAGCCAGUCUGUCAGUGACUUUCUUAUUCAGUUAGCCAGUCCAUUGGCUGAUCAGUCAGCCAAUCAGUUGGUAAGUUGAUCAGGCCUAAAAAAAAUACCUGUGGUUCCGGUUUCAUAUCGUGAAAAAAUGAUGCGUAUUUCCUAUGGACGAAUUUGGCAAUUUAGUUCAAUAAUUAGUGUGACAACAGACGCCAUAAUUUUGGCAUGCUGUAUGAGCAGCCCGCACCACCUGGAGAAAAUAGGGUCGCACAGUCAAUCGCGUUGAAAAAACUAUAGGAGGUAUUUUUUUUAGGCCUCAGCCAUAUAUAGAAUUUUUUAAUACUUUCAUGAUUAUAUUUUGUCUAAACAAAGCUUGAUUGAAAUAUUUGAUUAUAUGCUUAUCUGCAUUGAAAAUGGUUUUGUAUUUGACUAUUCUGACAGCAAUCUCAAGGCACUAAUAACUUGAAGAAAUAUUGGAUGCCAGAUGAGCAAUGCAAGGUCUGUUACGAAUGUGGAGUCAAGUUUCAUACAUUUAGACGUCGUCAUCAUUGUCGGCUUUGUGGUCAAAUAUUUUGCAGUCGGUGUUGCAAUGAAGUUGUUUCAGGACAUCAAAUUGGAUACACUGGUAAAAUAAGUAGUUCCACUAUACUAUCAUUAGUGAGUAUUAUCACCACCAUGCAUCAUCAUCAUCAAACCCCAUCACCAUGAUUGCCAUCAUCACCAAUACCAUCAUUACCACUGGUCACCAUCACCAUCAUAAUCACCACCAUCAUCACCACCAUCAUCUUGCAUCAUGAUCAUCACCAACACCAACCUACCAUCACCACCACCAUCAUCACCACACCACCAACCACCAUCACCAUGUCAUACCAUCAUCAUGAUGCACCAUCAUCAUGAUGCACCAUCAUCAUCAUGCAUGCACCAUCAUCACCAUCACCACCAUCAUCACCAUCAUCACCACCAUCAUCAUCACCACCACCACCACCAUCAUGCACCACGAUCAUCAUGCACCAUGAUCAUCAUGCACCAUGAUCAUCACCAACACCAACUUCACCACCACCAUCAUCCUCACCACCAUCAUCAUCAUGCACCAUCAUCACCACCAUCAUCAUCACCACCACUACUAUCGGCAUCAUCACCAUGCACCAUCAUCACCAUGCACCACCAUCACCAUGCACCACCAUCAUCACCACCAUCAUUAUCAUGAAUGACUACAAGCCGUGACCUAUACCUCUAGUUCUGAUAUUGAGAAGAACUUAAAACAACUCAAAGAAGACCUAAGUCUUGUUGCACAACCAGAUAGUACCAACCCUGCUGUCAGUGUUCAUGGUUGGAAUGCUUCAUUAGAUGAUCCUGAACUCAAUCGAUCAUUUGAUGUUUUGAGUACAGGAGGAAAUCUAAACUAAACUAAUUUUACUUUAUAUUGGAUAGCUCCACCAGUUCCAAAGUGUUCUUCCUUAAGAGGUCCAGUAAGAAUCCUAUACCUAUCAGUUCUAAACUUUUUCCCUAGAGGUCCCGUAAGGGUCAUCUCUUAUUAAUCUAGUGUUACUACAUUAGGAACCUAAACUAAACUAACUUUAUUUAUACUGGAACACCUAUCAGUCAGUUCUAAACUGUUCUCCCUAGAGGUCCAGUAAGGGUAAUCUCUUGUUGAUCCAGUAUUACUACAGGAGGCAACCUAAACUAAACUAACUUUAUUUAUACUGGAACACCCUAUCAGUUCUAAACUGUUCUCCCUGGAGGUCCAGUAAUCUAAGGAUCAUCUCUUAUUGAGGAAAUAGUGCUGUGCAAACUCUGGUUUUUCAUCUCCGGCUCCGGCCGAAUUACAGCUCUGAGCUCCGGCCACAUCAUAAAAUAUUAAAUAAAUGUUUUACGAUCAGAGAACAUUUAUUAAUAUUAUUAUGAAUAACCCUUUUCGCGCUUCCUAAAUCAGCUCAGGAAACAAAACAGUGAAAACACUUAACCACGCAGAAAAUAUCUAUAUGGAAACCAGCCUCGAAAAAUCUUUGACACGAGGCAUGACUCCGGCUAGUCCGGUGCACAGCACUAUGAGGAAACUGAAGUAUGUGGAGAAUGAAAGUGUAAUGAUUGAUAUAUUCUUUCCACUCAGGAUUCAUUCAAAGACUUGUGGAAACAGAUCACCCUCCUAGAACUGGUCUAGAGUUCUUGACUCACAGAGUCAGGCUUCGAACAUAUUCUACUUGUUUUGUUGGCCGAGAUCUUAUGAAUUGGUUGAUGAUCAAUAGAAAAGCACCAAAUAGGUAUAUAAUAUAUUGUAAUUUGCCAGUUGACAUCCACCUGGAAUUAGGGAAAUCAUUGUAUAUUUAUUCUAUUUAUGCCAGAUCAAAUUACUCUGUCUAAUGCCAGAUGGUUGUACUCUAAUUUUAGGCCAGUAGCUCUCCAAAUUUGCCAAGGAUUGCAAGACUUGGGUUGGAUUGAACCACUGAACACAAGAGAACCAGCUUUUAAAGAUGACAUUUCUCUCUAUAUUCCCGGACCAGUAAGCUGACUUUGAAUCCUUUUUAAAUGUUGAUUCUUCUUAUAAGUGUGAACACAUUGAUUCAUUGUUGUCCACUAUCGUAUUGCUUACUGGAACCCAACAAUACUUACACAUUUCUCAUUUUUCACAGAGAGCCAGUGAUGAACUUUACUAUCCCGACUUGCGUCCACCCUCGUCAGUUCCCCAAGGGAAUAAUUCUUAUAAAGGAAAACGAGAACCGGUUGUUUUCAUUUUGUAUUACAAACGGGAAAUUGAUAAUCAGAUGAUCAAACUGAUUAUCAAUUUCCGUUUGUAUGCAAAAUGACUGAAAAACGGCAAACUUCGCAAGGCUAUAUUAUCCGCAUUUUACAACAUUUCGCAACGAAAUUUCGGAAUAUUACUAAUUUUGUGAUGCUCUUUCAAGCUGUGAUGAAAUUUUUGUCCAGGCAUAUCUAGAUAAAAAUUUCACUCAUACAACAAUUAUCAAGAUCGGGUAAAGACAAGAUAUAGUUCGUGUGAUACUUUGUCUGUGUGUAAACAGGUUAAAGACACAGUUCAGCAUUUUGAUUGAUUAAGGCGCACUUCAGCCCUUUUAAUUGAAAAAAAAACUAAAUAGGAAAAUGAAUUAUGGUUUUUCUCGUGUCCCUGGCUUUGUUUACCAACAACAAUCCAUAGUUUUUACCCGUGAAGUGAAACUGUGAUAAUAGCGGCAGUUUUUCGUCACGUCCGCGUCGUAGAUUUGGUAUAUCUUAAGCUCCCUAUUCUAGCUACAGUAGUUCUCCUAGGAUCUAGAUGGAUGGUGCGUUUUACACUAUACGAACGAAUUAUCGGGCAAGUAAUUCCAGAGUCAAAUACAUAUCAGGCGGUCCAAGCGCUCAAUCGCCGAGCCUCGAUGUCUUCGUGAACGUUGAAAACUGUUACCUUCCUAAACGACUGGUAUCCGUGGAAGCCAGUGAAGAGACUGGGGCUGAGAAUGAAGUCACUGACGAGACGAAAAAGGAUGAUAAAGUAAUUACUGCCAAGGAUCUGUCAUCUCGUCAUCUGAAGAAGAAAACGAGGAACAUGUGGUAGUGGAAAAACUCGAGUAUGUUCUCCUCAGAGGUCCAAAGAGAACCAUCAGGGGCUUGUUGUUCAAAGUUGGAUUCGCUCUGGGUUAAAAUAUAACUGCUGUUUCGGUUUGUGUAUUUCUGCCGGUGAAGUAUUUUUAGAUCAGUGAUUUCUACACGUCCGUUUGAAAAUUUCAGAAAAGAAAAUUGAAGGUUUCUGAAGAAAUAUAUCCAAGUUUAUAAACAAGCAAAGUUUGCUUUGAAUUUUGGGUUGACCUAGAUGGAAAGACAUCAUUGAACCUCUUGCUAUUAAAGUUUGUCAAACGGUGAGUCAUCUGUUCAACUUGCUUUUUAUCCUCAGCAGCCGCGCAGAAAAAACAAUAGAAAAAGACUGGCACUGAACGUCAAUUUCCGUCAUCUUGCUUUCAAUUUUUGGACGCGAGUUUAUAAUCCAGAUAUAUAUAUCAGCCAUCCCAACAGCUGCACAAGAGACCUUGGGUUUGAUAACGCUGGGUGUCCCAAAAAGACUGGACACUGUUUGAUUUAUAAUACUUUUGUUUGUGGAAACACCAAGUAAGUUUAUUAAAUUUACUUGAUGUUUCCACAAACAAAGUAUUAUUUGUUUUAUCGCCAUGCAAACCUACAAAGAACUUAUUACCGUUUGAUUUCAUGUAACGUAAAAGCUAUAAAAUCUAUCGCAAUGAAAUGAAGAUCAUUGCAUUCAGAAAGGACGAACUUAGAUUUUGAUAUAUAACACUUGAAUUUACAUGUAAUAUUGAGCGAGAUACAAGCAAAAUAAAAAUAAUUAUUAUUUAACAAGUAUAACUACAUUGGUUGUUUUAUGCUAGUUCAAAGUUCAAACAUCAAUAGCGCAGUCAAUACAGUAUCCAGCAGGUGUCCAGUUUUUUUUGGGACACCCGGUUGUUGACCAGUCAGAAAUUGCACAAUUUUCGAAAGCUUAUUAUUCGAAGGGUAUUCAUGUAAACGUCUUCAAACUUUGUAUACUUACUAAUUUUGAGGUGGUCGUUUUAGUGAUUUGGUUCAUUUCUUAAUUUGGGCACUUUUUAACACUCGUCCCCAGUCCUCUCGUCAACUUCGGAAUGGCUAAUGUUGAUGUGACCAUAAGGUUAAAAUUUCUACACCUGUUCGUAGGUUAUCCCGGGCGUCGAGACUGAUGACGAGAUGGACAUGCGUCAUUAUGUGAAAAUCAAGAAAAUUCCAGGGGGGUCGCGGAGUGAUUGUCGCAUCGUGAACGGCGUGGUGUGUACUAAAAAUGUUGUCAAUAAGAAAAUGGCGCCAAUCAUCACGCAGCCACUCAUUCUCAUGCUCGCUUGUCCUGUAGAUUUUCAGGUCAGUGUCCUGUUGGGUCAGACUUCAUAACCAUAAUCCGACCCUUACCCUUGCCAGUGGCGAACACUAGGGGAGGGGUGGGGGGAAAGUUGCCUCCCCCCAAUAACGUCCGAAAACCUUUGAUUGAUAGCUGAAUAAGUGUAUAACAAAGCUGUAGAACAAUUAUUUUUCAACCAUGAAAGCACUGAUAGAAAACAAGAUGGCGUCUUUGGAUUCUCUGGUCUUACAAGAAGAGGAGUUUCUCAAGAACAUGGUGGGCCGUAUAGUCGCUUUGAAGCCACGCAUGGUGUUGGUCGAGAAAACAGUUUCACGUUUAGCCCAGGAGAUGCUCUUUGCAAAAGGAAUAUCUGUCAUUCUUAACAUUAAACCGGUAAAGAUUUAUUCAUCCAUUCAAUAGUCCAGAAUUACUGUACGUCCUAGUUGUCAAGAUCAAGAACGCCAAGACGAGGCUUCGUGCUGAAUUUGAUUAGAAACAUUGUACAUUGAAACCUCGUUCUCUCAUGCUACCACGCCUUGUGACGUCAUUAUGCAUAAGGUCCAUUGCAUAGAUAUCUUAUAUACACUAGAUAGCGCAUUUAUAAUUGAAGUAAAAUUGAAGCCAAGAAUAUUCCAGCGGUUACCCCCAUUUGAAUAGAUGGCGGCCAUGUUGGAGUUUCCCACUCGCUAAUAAACGCUUAAAAAACAACAAUAACUUUGAUCAUUUGAAUAGUUUGAUGAUGUAUUUGGAAUAGGUUUAACUUAAUGUUUAAGUUCCCUGUUUAAGAAAUAGAAAACAUACGAGUCUUCUCAUUUCAUGGGAAUAUCCUGAGUCUGCAAUCACGGCUUCAAUUUUUGAAUUGCAGAAUAAUUAGAUGCACUAUCUAGUGUAUAUAAGAUAUCUAUGGUCCAUUGCCCUCCAAAAACUAAACCUUUUCUUUAGCUGUGGUCUGUGCUCAGAUAUGGAUCGUAUGGUGGCAGUCUAGUACGCCUUCAACCAGGCCUCGAAUUUCCCUGAAAUCAAUCGACGGCAAUGGCGUUGAAAAUUGCCGUAGAACGUAACAGCUGUCUACGGCAAUUUUGGCAGUUUCCACGGCAUUUUUUCAAAUUACUGUAACAAAAAAUUAAUUUUAUUGUUAAUAUAGUAAUUUAGUGAAUAGUAUAAAAAUUAUACUAUACGGCAAAACAUUGCCGUCGUUUCCGCAAUGAUCCACAGCAUUUUGUACUCCCUCUACGGCAAUUGCCGCGAUUGCCGCGAUAAAAUUCGAGCCCUGCCUUUAACUCUAUCGCGUCUGGGCUGCAUCUUUCGCAAUUCAGCUUUCAGCUGCAAGAAAAGUAUGUUCAUUUUUAGAAACUGAUGGCAAGAAUAUCCCGUUGUGUGCAAGGUGAUGUGUUACCAUCAUUGGACCAAGGUAGUCGACCGAAAUUAGGAACAUGUCAGAAAUUCAAGAUCGAAAAAUUCAUUUUCAAGGUACAGUGUUCCUUAUAUUUUUCAGGUAGUUUCAUUGGGCCAUUCCAUUUAAUGUCCACCCCCCCUAUAUUCCCCUAUAGACGAGGGGAAUAGGGGGGUGGGAUGGAUAUUAAAUGGAAUGGUCCAAUGAGAAAAAAAGGUCAAAGUGCCGACACAAAACACCCCUCAGAAAUUUGUAAAUUUUCCCCUUGCCCCUCAGAAAAAUCGAAGAGAUCAAAGACUUCCAACAGGCUCAACCCCUCAGAAACGUCUUUGGGGUCACCCUUCAGAAAAAUUCGUCCAUGGGGGGGGGGGGGGUGGACAUUAAAUUCAUUCCUACCAACAAAAGCUUGUUCAUUAAAUGUAUAAAGCAGAUUUCGAUUGUUGGAUAUUACAGGAAUCGAACCUCAGUCACAGGAAGGUGCAUGUACGAACAUUUAAUAGGAAGAAUUAAAUCAAAUAAUUUUUUUUUUUCAGAAUGGUUCUACAAAAACGUUGUCAUUUUUCGAAGGUUGCAACCCUAACUGGGCGCCACAAUAA